AAAAAACAGUAGGGAAAGUUCAAAGAGGAGUAGUCGCUACUCAGACCGUGGGACGACGACCGUGGGAUCGGAUCGGCGGCGAUGGCGGCGGCGGCGCGGGAUGGGGAAGCGAGGCGGGCGCACGCGGCGAUGGUGGGGUCGCAGUUCAUCAACGCGGGGUACCACGUCAUCGCGAAGCAGGCGCUCAACGUCGGCGUCAACCGCGUUGUCUUCUGCGUCUACCGCGACCUCCUCGCGCUCUGCGUGCUUGCUCCCAUCGCCUUCUUCCGCCACCGCGGCUCGCCCGCGCAGGCUCGUCCGCCGCCCGUCACGCGUCGCCUCCUUACCUCCUUCUUCUUCCUCGGGCUCACGGGCAUCUUUGGCAACCAGCUGCUGUUCUUGUUCGGCCUCGGCUACACCAAUCCGACAUACGCCGCCGCCAUUCAGCCAUCAAUUCCCGUCUUCACUUUCAUCUUGGCCCUCAUCAUGGGGACUGAAACGGCGAGCUUGGUCACACACGAGGGCCGUGCCAAGGUUGGUGGCACAAUCGUCUGUGUGCUUGGUGCUGUUCUCAUGGUGUUGUACAGGGGGGCAGCUGUGUUUGGUAGCAGCGAUCUAGAUCUUGAUGUUCCUCGUAAUGUCGUCAUCACUGAGAUGUUGCAACCUGAGCCAGGAUCAUCUUGGUUCAUUGCAUAUGGGCUGGAAAAGUGGCAUAUCGGAGUGCUAUGUUUAAUAGGGAACUGCCUCUGUAUGGCAACUUAUCUUGCUUUGCAGGCUCCAAUUUUGGUGAAGUACCCUUGCAGUUUGUCAUUGACAGCUUACUCAUACUUUUUUGGAGCUCUUUUAAUGCUUAUUUCCGGAGUUUUUUCAACAACCAGUAAAGAAGAUUGGACUUUGACUGCAUCUGAGUUUGCGGCUGUUGUAUAUGCUGGAGUUGUUUCAUCUGCUCUUAAUACUGGUUUAUUGACAUGGUCCAACAAAAUUCUGGGCCCAGCUAUGGUGGCACUAUAUAUGCCUCUCCAGCCAGUGCUCUCUGCUCUCUUGUCAGUGCUCUUUCUGGGCAGUCCAAUUUAUUUCGGAAGUAUUAUUGGAGGGUUUCUAAUCAUCUCUGGUUUAUACAUUGUCACCUGGGCACGACAUCGAGAAAAGUUGACUGCCACUGGAGUACCUUAUGUAAAAUGCGCAUCGGAGCCAUGUGACAGUGCUUCUCAAGUCAUAAAGGGCGGUAACUUGAGCCCCAGGCCCUUUAUAUCCCUUUCCAGGCUGUGGAAUGUGCCACAUGAAUCUUGAGAAGCUGGUGUUUUAUGCAACUUAUGCUAGGUAUCUCACUAUCUCCUUUGAUGAGUAAAAAUACAUAAUGCAUUAGAUGUUGGGAAGAGAAGUGCUGCAGAGAAGAUUGUACUGACGAUUGGUAAUGAUGUUGGCAUCUGUGUCGGCUGCAGAAAAUCAUACUCUCAGACCUUCCAUAGGAGCAGUUAGGUUAAUUUAGGCAAAAGAGAAGCCAUGCUCAUUCUGCUUUUUCAGACUAACAACAUUGAGGAUGCUGAGUUGAUGAUUCUAUUACCAAAUGCAAGGUAGCACCACCGACUUUGUGAAAUACAAUAGUAUGUAUAUCCCGUGAAAUCCCUACAUACAUACAUAUGUAUAAACUCUGUAGCCAGUGAGGUCAUGUGUGUAGAACUUUGAGAGAAAUGUUUUACUCUCUUACAUCUGUUAAGUUCUUGUAGUUCAUGCCUUGUU